AUGAUCCAGCCGAAAGUAUCUGUCUUUUCCUUGCCACUCGUCGCCUGGCAGCAGCAUGCUAGUGUUCGUGCAAAGAAAUACGAUGUUAAACGUGGGCGCAGGAGAAGAAAGCCUAGCCAUGACUUGCGGGACGAAGAGAGCGGCGUGGAUGAAAGCGGCCUAGAGACCACCGAUGCUGAAUCCGGUUAUGAAUCUAGUCGCAGUCGAGCUCAAUCGGUUGUGCUCACGCCAGAAGAAGCUCGUCAGUACAGAGCUGCUGGUCUGUCACUCGAUGAAGAGCUUUUUGAGGAAGAUUUCCCGCAUGUCGGACUCAGGGACAAGUCUCUAGAGAGGAAACGAGCAAACGAUUAUGUUGAGGACCUACAGAACCAAUGGCCUCCCAUAUUCCUUCCUGGCUCGAAAACAACGGAAAGCACUUUGCAUGUCCGCCAUUUAGGCGUGCUUACCACCAUCUUACACAAAUGUCUACUUGAAGGAGACUUUGUGCGUGCCGGCCGCGCGUGGAGCAUGCUGCUUCACGAGAGAUUUGGUCGUCAACCGGUCGACAUACGGAGCGGAGGUCGAUGGGGUAUUGGGGCGGAAAUUCUGUUUCGCCAAAACUCUACCUCGGGUACUGUCUUUACUCGCCCAGGAUUCGAAGCAGCGAAAGCUUACUACGAGAGGCUCAUCAUACAAUUCCCUUCUCGGAACGCUCGUACAGAGGCUAGCGGCUCUUUACACUUCUAUCCUGCAAUGUUCACUCUUUGGAUAUACGUUGUUGAGCAAGAAAGCGCGAAAGCAAGGGAGGCCCUGGAGUAUGAGGAGGAUGAGAAUGUCUCAGAAAACCCGUCAGAAUCGGGCGAUCACGUCAUGUCCGACCCAGAAAACAAUACAGAUCGGAACCGAGACAUCCUCAGUCGUAGAGCCAAGAUUAGACAGAAAGAACUGGCUGGAGCGCAGGAGAUUGCGACCCGCAUGGAUGAUGUUAUGGUUGGACCACCGUACUCCGACAGUCCGGCGCUUCUACAGCUUCGAGGAAUGAUAGCUCUGUGGCUCGGCGACCUCUACGUGUUGUCGCUAGCUCGGGAUGAUGAGGAUAUUGAUAUGUUGGAUGAUGACGAUGAAGACUACAACGUGUCGUCGGACCGGUUGAUUGCCAAUCGGGAACUGCACAUUGCCCUGGGAAAGCGAGUUGCGGAGGUGGCCAAAGCGAACGAGCUCUUUGGGAAAGCUAAGAGGAGGCGAGAAGGUGCAGAUGAACCUGCUGAAGAGGAUUUCUAG